UUCCUGCUCGGAUUGGUCUUGUUUAUUUUCCCAACCUUUCUACCAUCUAUCAAAUAUAUAAGUUAACCGAUCAUCUACACUGUUCAUACUAUGUUAUUGAUACUCAGUCACCAACUCUAGUACUACCUUCAAACCGCUCUUGCCAGACACGACCUGCGAUUAUGGAUUCCAGUAUCCUAGAAUACUCUCAAGCAAUCAAUCGGUCCGACCUGCUCCUACCCAGCCUCAGGACCCUCAAUUCUCGCGGGACAGUCUUGCAAUUUUCCCCCGAGUCCUGAACUGCAGAAGAGUUGUGCCACAAAAGAGGAUGCCCGCAAUGUUCGCCAAAAGCCUUUCUUCUCGAGCUGUUCCGCAAUCGUCUGAAGCUCACCCGAAGCCAGAAGGGUCUCGUACGAUGCGUGGGUCGAGGUCAUAUUCUCAGUCAUCCGAUGCUGCGUCGGGGGUCGAUGCCGCUUCCCCGGAUCCUUUGUCCAGCGAAAAGAAUGGUCGUACAAGAUCCAGGGUAAAGCGGUUCUUGGCCAAGCUUCGUGGCAAGUUCACCAAAGAACAGGCUAAGAGUGAAACUACUGACGAACGCUGUGUGUGCUGCCUCGACAUCAUGCCCGCCGAGUGCUUGGUGUCUAUGCCUUGUCAACACAAGUAUUGCAGUCGAUGCAUGAAGCAGAUGGUGUUCACGGUCAUGUCUGAGGAGGGGUUGUUCCCACCCAGAUGCUGCAAGCUGAAUAUCCCAACAGAGGUUAUCCUGCCUGUGUUGACGCUCAAGGAGAAGACUUUCUACAUGUCGAAAGCGCAGGAAUAUGCCACACCGGCUGCAGAGCGUAGGUAUUGCCCUACGGCGAUAUGUGGGCGCUUCAUUCCCCCGCAGCACUUAAACAGCAAGUCUCCGUCGCAGGCGUGCCCUUACUGUGGCACCAAGAUUUGUUCGGGGUGUCGCGACCUGGCUCAUACAUCGAAAGGGUGCUUUCCGGAUCCCGGCCUUGCCGCUUUUCUUGAGGAGGCCCGACUCAAGCAGUGGCAGCGAUGCUACAGUUGCGGUUCUAUGGUGGAGCUUAUGUCUGGUUGUGACCACGUCACCUGCAGAUGCAAGGCGCAGUUUUGUUACAAAUGCGGAGAUCCUUGGUUUGCUUGCGCUUGUGCUGCGUCGGGACAGCGACCUGCUGAUUUCUUGGCCGUUCUCAUCGGGCACACUAAACUGAGUCGAGAUCAGGAAGCCGAGUUAUCUGCAGUAGUCACUGCAAUUCUGCGUAAUGAAAGACUCCGUGACGAGGAGGCGGCGAAGUCCAAACUUAUGACUAAAGGGAGCAGCAGGGAGAGCAAGAGACUGUCCCGACAGAGCAUGGACUUGCUGCGCCGGGACAGCAUUUUAUGAUGAAGAUGCAUGAUGACUUAACGAUUUUGAUUCAAGGAGGCCUGCAUUGCUGAGUUAGCCACUCUUUUAACUUUCUUCUGUCGUGUGGCGAUGAUUUUGUUUUUUUCACUCUGAUGCUUUACUAUCUAUAGCUGUCUACCUUUCCACCCAGAUGCUAUGACAGAAUGACAA